AGAGGAACUUCCGCAUUUUUCUCAAGCCUGAUGGGUGUUACAGGUCAGACAAUACACAAUCACACGAGCUCACACACCUUCUGCUUCACCAUGCUUUCAGAGACUCGCUCAUGAUCACGGAGUAUAAUGGAGCUCACUAACUUACAGAAAGCCAUAGUGAUCGCCACCAAAGCCUCACUGGAGGACGAGGCUGGGAAUUACGAAGAGGCCAUCAAAUCCUACCACCAUGCUGUGAAGCAUUUUCUGCACAUCCUAAAGCGCGAGCCUCAGGGGAAAGACGGAAACCAGAAGAUCCGAGAGAAGUGCUCUCAGUACCUGGACCGAGCCGAGAAGCUGCGGGAGUAUCUAGAUGAGAAACAGAAAGCUAUAGAUCUGGCCAGUAAGGCGGCGCAGGAGGACAAGGCGCAGAAUUACGAGGAGGCACUGAGGCUGUACCAACACGCAGUUCAGUACUUCCUACACGUCAUCAAAUAUGAAGCUCAGGGGGACAAAGCCAAACAGAGCAUCAGAGCCAAGUGUGCGGAGUACCUGGACCGAGCGGAGAAGCUGAAAGAGUAUCUGAAGAAGAAGGAGAAAGCGCCGGCUAAACCCGUCAAAGAGUCUCAGUCCGAUGAAAAAGGAAACGACAGCGAUGAGGGAGAAAAUCCAGAGAAGAAGAAAUUCCAGAACCAACUUUCAGGGGCCAUCGUCAUGGAGAAACCAAACAUCCAGUGGAACGAUGUCGCCGGACUCGAAGGAGCCAAAGAGGCCCUGAAAGAAGCCGUUAUUCUGCCCAUUAAAUUCCCCCACCUCUUCACAGGUAAGCGCACUCCAUGGAGGGGGAUCCUGCUCUUCGGUCCUCCUGGAACGGGAAAGUCAUACCUGGCCAAGGCCGUGGCCACCGAGGCCAACAACUCCACCUUCUUCUCCAUCUCCUCCUCAGACCUGGUGUCCAAGUGGCUAGGAGAAAGUGAAAAGCUGGUGAAGAAUCUGUUCGAGCUGGCCAGAGAACACAGUCCAUCCAUCAUCUUCAUCGACGAGAUCGACUCUCUGUGCGGCUCCAGGAGCGAGAACGAGAGCGAGGCGGCUCGCAGGAUCAAGACCGAGUUCCUGGUGCAGAUGCAGGGUGUUGGGAAUGACAACAAGGGAAUCCUGGUGCUUGGAGCAACCAACAUCCCGUGGACACUCGACUCUGCCAUCAGGAGACGAUUUGAGAAGCGUAUCUACAUCCCUCUGCCGGAGGAACACGCCCGCUCCUUCAUGUUUAAGCUGCAUCUGGGCACCACGCCCAACAGCCUGACCGACGCUGACUACGUCACGCUGGGCAAGAAGACCGAGGGCUACUCGGGCGCCGACAUCAGCAUCAUAGUGCGCGACGCUCUUAUGCAGCCCGUCAGGAAAGUGCAAUCCGCUACACACUUCAAAAGGGUACGAGGACCCUCCAGAGACAACCCCAACGUGAUCAUGGAUGACCUUCUGACCCCGUGCUCUCCCGGAGAUCCUCAGGCCAUCGAGAUGUCAUGGAUGGAGGUUCCUGGAGAUAAACUCCUGGAGCCUGUGGUUAGCAUGGCGGACAUGUUGCGAUCGCUGGCCAACACGAAGCCCACCGUGAACGAGCAGGAUCUGGAGAAGCUGAAGAAAUUCACAGAGGAUUUUGGCCAGGAGGGUUGAGCGAGGAACCAAAGCAGCAGGGUCCAGGAUUUGUAAAGUCUUCUCCUCGUCUACUCUUCCCUCUUUUCCCCUCUUUUCUUCCUGGACUUCCUGUUGGACUGGCGAGUGGAAGGACAGCUCAGUAAAGGCCAGUCUGGAGCCUACAUGGGACCGGAUUUACAUUUAUGCGUUUCAUUUUCUAAUAGUAGUUAUUUUGGGUUUUUAAAAGCAUUCUCAGUUUAUUUGGAUUCACUACGUCACUGGUGGUUAAACUGUAAAAAUUUCUGUUAAAUAACGAGCACUAAUUUGAAUUGGGCAUGGGGCUGAUGUUCAGAAUUUUCCCAUCAUGAUAAUCUCCAAACUUCAUAUCGUGGUUUACAAUAUUAUCAAGUGGCUAUACACUUACAAGCACAGAGGACACUAUCUAGGCAGCGCAAAGGUAGUAACAAUGUUGUGCAUGCUGAAUAUCACAGUAUAUCACAUUUCUGAGUAUCGGCACGUGCCUCAAUCUGAGAAGUGAGUAGUGAUGAGCCGUAUUUGGAUCGUGUCAGUUUGUGGGCUGUGUUCCAAUUCGCACAUGAUGAAGCUGGCCGUAGAGCUCCCCUUUAUUCCUCCAUACAAGUGCCGUUUAAAGAGUCGUGGACGUAACCGCAAACACGAUAUCGAAAUCUUUAUUUAAAUAGCCAUCAAAAACAGUGAUUUUAGGUUUUACAUUUGGCAAGAGCCCUUUCAGUCUACAAUUUAAUGCGCCCUAGUCGACUUUGAUUACCACUCGGGAGUGUGUACCAUCGACAUCACACAGCUAUCUCUAGCUACUUUACAUAGCUGGUUUCCGUGGUGAUUUGUUCAGGCAAUUGCUAGCAGGAAUGAUACAGUUGGUUUCCAUGGCUAUUUGUACAGGCUAUCUCUAGCAGAAAAUGACAGUUUGGUUUCCACGGCGAUUUCUACAGGCUAAUGCUAGCAAAAACAACAUGGUUUCCAUGGUGAUUUGUACAGGCUACUUUUUCCUGCUAGCACGCUCAUUUUAACGCUCAUUCAUCGCUUCAGCGAUCAGCUUCGUCCGCCAUUUUGAAAAGGAAAUUGCAUCAGACCAGCAUGAGUUCUAGGUAAGAUUUCCUCCUGAAGUGUACAGUGAUGUUAACGUGAUCCCUCAGGACUUCAAAGGGCUUAUCUGAUGAAAGUAACGCAAACUGAUUAAAGUAAUGGCACCCAAGAUGGCGACUAAGACGGUGGGGUGUGAAUUCAGUUGUAAUACACUUUUACCUUUUUCCUUUGAGCUUUCCCUGUGCUAAUUAUGCUAGCUAAUAUCAUGCUAGCAGCGUGAAGUUUGCAAAGUUUCAGAUUCGUACAGAUCAGAGUCGCUACAUGUAACUCAAAUUGAUCUCAGCUAGUUAAAUAUUUCAUUAUGUUAGAAUGCAACGCAUUUUAGGGCUUAUAAUGAAACUGAACAGCGCUUAAGAUGGCACCGAUGGGCAAAAUCAGAGGAGGAGUCAACAAGGGCGCAUGAAACGCAAAAUUGAUACAAGGCUUUGAUGGGUGUAGACCUUGUGAAGGUCACAUGACUACGAUAACAUCUUAAGUUCUGUAAAUGUUUUGUGUUAUAUUACGGAACCGGGAAUCUUUAAGUAGUAUAUAUCAAAUAUAUUGUACUUUCUUUCAAAUUCAAUGUUAUUUUUGGCCAACAAUUAUGGGAUGUGACAGGAAGGCGUCUUAGUGACUCAUGGUCACGUGACGCAAAGCCAACUAUUUUUUCUUUUUUUUUUUUUUUUUUUUUUGGACCAUCUUGCUGCAGCAAACUUGUGCCUUCAAUACGUUUUUCUUUUACAUAAAAACAAACCAAAUCUUUGUGUAUAUCUCAUAAAUGUUAAUAAACAUUUAUGCGAGGCAAAAAAAGAUAUUUGCACAUUUCACUUCAUUCUCCUUCACUGUCUGAUUGUAUACAGCUUCUCUCCUGUGCACUUACGGUAUUGGGGUUUCUAUAUAACAAACUUUACAUUUUAUCCUUCAUAGCCUUUUUGUUGUUUAAACUUAAAGUUUUUGUUUCUUCAUCAGAUUUUGGUGUUGCUCAUGUACUUCUUUUAUCAUACACGUGUAAAUAAAAGCUGAGAUUGAAAAACAA